AUGACUGCGAACAAUCCCAUGGUGUCAUUGUUGACUGACAACAAGCUCAAUGGAGCUAACUUUAUCAAAUGGAGAGAGAACAUUAAUAUUGCUCUCAUUGGUGAAAAUUCCCUAUUUGUGUUGACUGAAGAGGCUCCUGAGCAGCCAUGUGAGAAUGCGACCAAGACAGUUAAGGAAAAGUUCGAGCGUUGGCAAAAUGUUAACAACAAAGCUCGAUACUCUAUGCUGUCUAGCAUGGUCGACACCUUGAAAACAAGGUUUGCAAACACUCUCACGACUCCAGAAAUCAUGAACCAUUUAACUGAACUGUUUGGGAUGGUAUCAAUUCAAGCUUGCUUUGAAGCGACUAAGAAUUUCAUCAAUGCACGGAUGAGACCUCAUCAGAACGUGCGUGAUCACCUUCUCCAGAUGACUAGUUACUUCCAAGAGGCUGAGAAUCAUGGAGCAGUUAUUGAUCAGACAACUUAA